ACUCACAGAUGACAAAUAUGCAUCGAUAUAUUCCAUGAAACACUCCUUGCUGAUGGAUAAUAAAACAUGGUAUGUUCUGCCAUCCACAACAGUCCCCUUGAGUGUGAGCAAGUGACGGCAGCAGAAUCCCUGCCAACAAAUGGAACCUACAGCCAAAGCACAGCGCUUUUCCAUGACUUCUGUGGAGCUGGAUCUGCUGCGAAUCCCCACACGGCUUGGAGACAGCAGGCUGCGGUGUCUGAUCCCACCUCAGGAUCAGUGCUCCUCAGUCUGAAUCUCCAGGGAAGUCAUUGAGGCAAAAUCCUUGAAGCACCAUUAAGAACAAACAACAAAUGACUCCAAAUCCUGCAAUGGAACUGAAUUUCCUCACAAAUCCUUUUUUUUGUUCAUUUCGCUCCAGGUGCCAAACACCUUCUCUUUACCCAAGAGGGUCCAGAUGACAUCACAUCCUCUCCAAAGAGUGACACAACCUCCCAAGGCAAGCGACAAAGAUCGUCUCUGCUCUGCCGCAUCGCCCCCAAGGACGGCCACCCCUAGGAGAAGAUGGUCGGCUCUCCUGCGCUGCUCCUUCUGUUCGCUCUGGGGCUCUGUUGCCCUGGGAUCCAGGCACAGAGAUACAGCAUGGCAGUGAGGUUUCGUGACAGAACCAUCACACAUCCCCAGCUGGAACAGCGACUGGAGUUGGAGUGUGAGUCCAGCAAGGAGGACAGUGGCGUAUUCUGGGUCCACCUGGACAAAGAUCAGACCCUUCACUUCAUCGUCUUUAUUUCCUACCUGCGCCGGACCAUCUUCCAGGGGAAUAAACAGACAUCCCCACGCUUCGAGGCAACAAAAGUUGGGAGAUUCUACCGGCUGGUAGUGAAGUCUUUCACGUCGCAGGAUGAAGGGUACUAUUUCUGCCUCAUGAACAUCAACCAAAUGCUGUUCUUCAGCCCUGGCCAGCCUGCCUUCUUCCCAGUCAUCAGCACAGCAGCACCCACCACACUGCGUGGUGUCACUGGAAACAACAGCCACGUGAAGACCCUGGAUCAAGAGAACAGCAAGAACAGAGAACAGGUUUACACCUGUGACAUCAUCUGGGUUCCCUUGUCAGGCACCUGCAUCCUGCUCCUCAAUGCGAUCAUGGUCACCGUCAAAUUGUGUCGACGUAAGAGUCGCCCAGAACCCGGAGCUGGUCCAAAUUCCCUCUGACAUCACACGGAGCCAAGAGCCCUCCCUGUGCAAUAUCAUUACCCAGUGAUCUGCAACAUCAUUAACAUACAAAGGACACUCAAUGGUCUUUUUCUGCCUUUUAAUGCUGAUGUCAAUUAUCAGUGCAAAGCCAUUAGCUGCAAUUAAUUUCUGCAGCACGCAGGUCGAGCCCUCCAGGACAGGUUUUCACCUUGUGCUAAAAUGAAUGCCUGGACAUUGUGUUUUGUAAAUACAUCCCAAAGUGAUGACAAAGAUGCUAAAAUGGAGUAGAGUCUCCUUCACCUCGGUUCCAUGCUGUCUGGUAUCAUCGCCACUUGCCAGUUGCAGAAAUUAAUUGCUGCCGGUGGAUUUUCAGCAGUCUGGCAAAGUCAUUGCAGACAGCAAAUAGAAUAAUUCACCCUCAGCUUGCACUGCAAGACAGACACUGCUUUCCUGUGACAGACCAGGGCUUGAACAUCUUUCCUUGACACAACAGCUGCCAACUGGACUGGGACGGAUCCUGCAGUGCGCUGAGCAGUUCUCCAAGGACUCUGAGCAGGGUGAACACUGCGGCUGGCUCUGCGCUGGGGGCACCGGGGCUGCUGUACCAAAGGGAUUCAGACGGGCUGGAAAGAUGCUCUGAGAGCAUCUUGCUUUUAGUUUGCUCCUGCUGAUUGCUGGUUGGUAAGACUUUGCUAACUAACACUCUGAGAGCCACCAGCAGCCGGCAGGAGCAGGUCACUGCUCAGCUUGUGAAGGCCCUGAACGGGCACAUUCAUUAGAAACAGCGAAUACAUCAUUCAACACAGGUGUGGGAGGAGCAUGUGCGAGUGUACAGCAAAGCAGUGGCACAGCAUCAUCCCUCUGGCUCUACCUUCCCUUCCAUCCAGGGCAGAGGGAGCUGUCACUCCCCUGUAACAUAGAUUUUUCCAGAGGGCCUGGUCUCAAACCUGGCCACAUGUGCUCCUUGCAACAGGGAUUUCCCCUAAAUGCUGCAAGAAUAAAGCUGGUACUGGACCACACCAAGUGCCUUUCCCAGGCUGCGAUGCUCACCCAGGCACUCAGGCUGCCCAGAUGAUGGCUGCAAGGAACUCGAUCCCUGGAGCUCAUCCCACCAGAGAUGCUGUUGGGAAGGGGUCCUGAACAUCUCUGCUUCCAACACAUCACACCAGCAGCUUAUUUCAGCCUCUGUGAAAGCUCCUAUGAACUAAACCCACCGUUUUCCUACCCUGCAAGCACUCAGCAGACAGAGCUUCACUGCAGGAGCAGACGGGUUUCAUGAGAUAUAUGUUUUAGACACCAGCUAUAAGGAAACCCCUUGGAAACUUCCCAUGGGCAAAGGUUUAUUCUUUCUAAAAGAGAGUUUUCCCCUCUGCCUGCAGCUGCUUUUGAGAUCCCAGCUCUGUUUGCCAUGCUUGAGGCAUCCUGACCUUAGUGUCUAUCCCUGCUUCCCCUCUCUCACCUCUCGCCCAGAGCAGGAGAUGGCCUCCCAUGACCAGACAGCUGGGGCCACAUGUGGCAGCAGAAGGCAGACUGCAACAGCCCAAUCCUUCUCUUCCACUGGAAGGUGAGUGGGCAGAGAUAACCCUGCCUGUUCCACUUCACUUUCCUCCAUCCCCAUGCUCAGGCCAUCCCAGCAGUGUCCAGUCCUUACUGAAACCACCCAGGAUGGCAACAUCUUGCCUCCAGCCAUCAGAUUAACCCAACUACAAGAGCUCCCAUUCAAAGAACGGGGAUUUACCCUUUGAUUCUCUGCCUGCUAGUGAAUAACAGGCAACAAAGAAUUUGCUCAGCUCCUGAAUUCCCCAAUUUGGCUUCCUUGUUCCUUAGUAAACUGAAAAAAACCAAAAAUAAAAUACCCAGAAUAAGUGGAGGACACCAACAGUCAAGGAUGCUGUGUGUUGUGUAGAAACACAGCUUUGGGCAGUUUAACAGUGGAAACGUAAAAAAAUAGUAACAGUAAUUCCUAUGACCAUCAACAGGGUGAUUUAGGACAGGAAAUUUCAGAGAGAAUUAAGCAGCAGUUUUCAUAACUUUGAGAGCCAAUGGAUUAAAUCACCUCUCCUUUCAUUGACUUUUUUCCCAGAGCAUAUGUGAGAAAGAAACAGAAGCACUAAUAAAAAAUGCUUUAAUGACUGAGAAUAUGAGCCCAGACCCCUGAUAUCUACAGCUUUUUAGGUUUUCUCCCCUACCUCAUCACUGUGCUGAGAGCACAAUGACGAUAGCAGGCAAGGGUCAAGAAAGCCGUGUUACAGCAUGUGGGGUAAGAGGGAUGGUUCCGUCAUGACAGUGAAAGGGAAAUAUUUCUGUGCCUCUCUGUUAAUGGCAUGGUGUCCGAAUCCAUGGAGGGAGAGAUAUGGGUAAUGGCAUCAGCCAUCUCAGUGUCAUCACAACAUCGUCCUGGCAAAUAAAGGGCCUUUCAUUUAUUCCUUGUUUCCUUCCAGGGAUGGACCAGCCUUCUCCUCUCUCCCACUGUCACCCUCCUCCCCGCAGUGAGGAACAUCCAAUCCUAGAAGGAAAAACAAUGGGAUUUUAUGUAUCAUCCCAAACCCUCACAUGAGCUGUUAAUAAAUGUUGUCACUUUCUUUGUUGAUAUCAAAGUACUCAUAUUGCGUGCAUUCAGGGUGAGAUCUGCAGCUUUCAUGGAAAUAUAUACAAAUAUUUUUGUGCCAGCAUUCAUUUAAUUGGAACUCAUAUCAGAACAAGUCAAAAAUAAAUUCAUAUGCAUUUUGCUUCUCUGCCACUUUGCUAUGGGAAAGAUCCCUUCCAGUUUAUACACCAGCGGUUCUUUCACAUGAAACAAAACUCUCCCCAUACUCUGAAUCUUUGCAACAGAACAGGUUUAACAUUCCUCCCAGGCUGUUCAUUUCUUCUGCUCAAGUUCAACUUCUCCUCUCUCUUCAAGACAUGCAGGAACAUGGAGGGGAACUGCAUCACGCUUCUAAGUAGGGGAAUGUCAUUAUUACUAUUUGUACUUUCCAAUCUGGUUAAUAAAUUAAAGCCAUGAAACACUCCAAAAAGUCCCAAGGAUGGCAUCAGAGCAGAGUAUUUUCUCUGCCGGGUACUAAGUCUCUAUGUGCUGUUUGCAAUGUGGAUCUCACACAACCAACUUCUUCAGUUAAUUUGACGUAAAAACCCCAAACCUCCUAAGAUGAGCCACUCAGAGGGAGCAGCUGGCAGGCAAUAUGAAAAGGAACCCUCUCCAAAUGGCAAAGACCUCUCCAUCUUCAGUGAAAAAAAUCUCUGGAGGGGUUGGAAGCUCUCACAUACCAAGGCUGAUGCAGGAACCCAGGAGCUUGUCUCCUCGGCUUUUUUGAGGUCAGGCAAUGGAUAAAGGCUAGAUUUUCUCUUGCCCAACCAGACUGAGCCUCUGCCUCACACAGCAGAAAACCAAAUCCUGCAGAAAUUGUGGGUGUGACCGGGUGAAGUUUUGCAAUGUUGAGUAUUUCAAGGAUUGAGCUUAGCCAGGGAACACUAAAAUAUGCCUGAUUUCCCCAUGUAAAUCAUGGGGACCAAUGGAUGACUCCAAAGGAAAGCAAUAAGAACACAAGCUGGUGCAACUGCCAGCACCUUGCAUCCUGCAGUCAGCUCUGUGACAAACUCUACUCCUUCCUCCACCCUUUGAACACAAUGGAGCGACCCUUAUGCUGCCCAAGAUACAAGCCGUGCUGGUUUUCCUGCUUUUCCUCUCUGCCUGCAGUUUAAACAUCCAUUCGGGAGGUUGGGUACCAAAAUAUGCGGUGUGAAAAACCUCCCUCCCUCCAAGCCUGGACAGGGAGGUCUGUGGCUUAGGAGACAUCUCUCUGCCCAGAGCUACGUGUGCAAUCUCACCAACCAAGCUUCCUGUUGCUCCCUCCCAGCACGGAGACCUGAGGCUGCAGGCUGUGCAGGCAGCACGAAAUGCAGCACAAAAACUACAUGUAUGGCAGCUGCCUUCAGGGAUGGGCAGGGCAUUCCCAGGGGAGCUGGUUGUGUGCGAUCUUUCCAUGUUGCAGCAUGGCCGGGGGCAGAAACCACAGUUGAGUCCCUUUAUAUCGGACAUCUCUUCCACUACCACCACAGGAGGUGAUGCUGAGCUGCUGUUACUGUAGGCAGGGUCUCAGGCAGAACUGUUGCUAUCACUCAGCGAAGGUCAGGAUGCAAUUAUUGUCCAGCAUAAGCAUGAAGCAAACUCACUGCUGAUCCAUCAACAAGCAUGGAGAUCAUGGGGAUUUUUUGACUAACUAGUCAUGUGGAAUGUCCACACCAUGAAGGGAUCAGAGUGCAGGACUGUUUGUGGCUUCUAUACUGUAUUUUAAAAUAUGUGAUGUUUACACUGAGAGUACGCAGAAGGGGGUGCUGUAUUGGCCACUGAAUCGGAAACAUGCAGCUACAGUGGAAAGAUGGUCUGCGAGUAGCUGGUGCGUGAGAAUUGCACUUGACCUUCUCCAAACCCCUUCAAUGCUGCAGCUUUGCAAAGGAAAGGGGGGCAGCAAUGGCUCAUAAACCACAGCUUCAUUUCACACUGGAAAAAUUGUAUGCUAUAGUCUCAACCCUUCUUUUUCCACCUGUUUGAAACAGAAGAUUGUGAUUUCUGACUAAAUUUUGAAACCUUCAUGAAGAGUUUCCAUGCCUCCUUCCAAAAGAGAUCUUUCAAAGGUUCACAAUGGGCAAUGCUGAAGCAAACACAGUCCGGUGUCUCAGCCCGAGUUAUCACUAACUGAUCACUUGCAGGCAUCAAGCAGCAAGCGCUCAGCAGCAGCGACGCUGCAUCAUUGCUUGGCAAUGGGGUGUUCUCAUGGAGCACCACGAGGAGAUAUCAUGGGCAACAGAAACAGUGGACCUGAGAGAGCAUCACCAUUUUGAUGCUGCUUUGUGUCUACCAACAACCAUUGCAUAACUCCCAUGUUCUGAGAUGUACUCACUGAUCCUUCCACAAAAUGACUGCAAAACCAAUCAUAUCUAAAACUCAGCACCUCCUCCAGCUCUGAUGCCCCAAACACCCUCUUACACGAUCAUAGAAUCAUUCAGGUUGGAAAACACCUCUAAGCUGAUCCAGGACAACGUCUGCAUCCAGGAGAGGAAGUUCUGGCCUCCGAUUGGGUACCUGGGACUGAUCCAUAUUAAAAUUUACCAUUUUUCAGAGGCAAGAGAGAUGUAAGAUGGUCCCACUACGCAAGUCAAUAGCCCGUCAUGGAUGAUCCCCUAUUUGUAUUGGUUCCCAGCAGGUGCCUGACAAGGGAACCCAGAUGAUGUCACAGGUGUAAACCUGUACUCUGUUCUUGCUGUUCUCUGCAGGAAUAAAGAAGAGGAACGGUCUACCAGGUGCUCACGGCUGGUGUUACAGCCAGCUCUGGUCCCCUGCCAAGGCUAAAACCAAGGCCCCCCAGCCUCUACUCUCCCUCCACCUGUUCCUCCUGUGCCCAGGCAUAAACACGCUGGUGCUUUUGAAGUCAUGUUUAGCCUUUCCUAAGUGGGAUGAAACAUUGGAGUUUAACCCUUCCAGCUGUACACACCCAG